UCAGAUGUCAACUCGACAAGAAGAAGCAGUGGGAAAAUGGUUUGAUAUAUAUUUCAAAUCAGACUGAUCAGUUUGAUCCCAUUUAGCUAGAGACAAGAAAGUUUAUCGUUUUAAAAACCGACUGUGGAAAGAUCAACAGGCAGAUUUAUGUUGGAGUAUAUUCUCCGCAGGAAACGUUAAAUAAAGAACUGAACCGGAACCAAUCUGAGCUGGUAGUUUGCAGUUGCAGAACAACAUGACUGAUGAGAAUACAACAUACGACUACCACACUGACUAUGAAGACCAGUUGUGUCGCAAAGAGGAGGUGGUGAAUGUCGGAUCCAUUGUUAUUCCAAUUGUUUUCACAGUGGUGGUUGUGUUGAGCUGCAUCGGUAACAUCCUCGUUCUGGUCAUCCUCGCGCUCUAUGAGAGCCUUAAAUCCCAGACCAAUUUCUUCAUCCUCAAUUUAGCCGUGUCGGAUCUUCUCUUCACUUUCGGACUUCCAUUCUGGGCCUCGUACUACAUCUGGGGUUGGACCUUUGGAGAGGCUGGCUGUAAAGCGGUGAAGUUUCUCUUCUAUGUCGGUUUUUACAGCAGCGUGUUGUUCUUGACUCUGAUGACCGUUCAGCGUUACAUGGCGGUGGUUCAUCCUCUGUCCGACUGGGAGAGGUGCAGAUGUUUUUCAGUCGCUCCUUUUGUUAUUUGGAUCUUGAGUGGAACGGUUGCGCUGCUCGGUUCACUUCACAGCAGAGUCAUGACACAAUCUGGCAGCCAGUAUUGUGAAUACGGCACUUUUGAAUGGAAAUCUGCCAUUGCUUAUUUUCAAAAUGCGUUUUUCUUCAUUGCAUUUGUAAUCAUGGGAUACUGCUAUGGCAGAAUGCUUUGUACGAUUACAAAAUCACGGACUAAUAAGAGACACAAGACUGUUAGACUAAUAUUCUCCAUCGCACUGGUGUUUUUCAUCGGUUGGGCUCCAUAUAACAUUAUCAUGUUCGUAAAGUCUUUCCAUCCGUUUACAGAGUGUGACGUAAGUAAAAACAUUGACUAUGCAAAUGAUGCUUGCCGAAUGAUAGCUUUUUCUCAUUGUUGCUUGAAUCCCGUGUUUUAUGUAUUCGUUGGCGUAAAAUUCAGGAACCAUCUAAAAAUUAUUAUGCAGAAUCUUUCAAAAAAAAAAAAACUCAAUUCCAUUCAAGCCACACUGGCAAAAAAUCAGUCACAGGGUUCAAUGUAUUAAGAGAAAACUCCAGUGCUUUCACUGAUUCCAGGGAACUGACUUUGAGUUUUAAACUACUUAACGAAUGAUGUACGUACAACAUACAUGACGUUGAAGCUAUUUUUUAUUGUUGCUAAUAAGCUGGUUUGAAAACCUUGUUGCACCAUUGCUCAGCUUCUGCCAGUGCAAGCUUUAGAUCUGCAUGAUUCAGUCAAUCAAUCACCUUUAUUUAUAUAGCACUUUUAACAAAACAGAUUGUGUCAAAGCACUGAACAGAAUCAAAUAGAAGAAUAGAGUGAUAGUUAUGCAUAAUGACGGGAUUAAACACUUUAAUGCAGAGAUGGCCUGUGUAAUCAAAUCGACGAUAAUCGCUAGAAAUUAAGUGUCCUCGACUAAGCGAGCCAGAAGCGACAGCGGAAAGGAAACCAAAACCCCAUCCGUGACGGAAUGGAGAAAAAAAACCUUAGUAGAAACCAGACUCGGUCGGUGGCCAGUUCUCCUCUGGCUGGACGACCAGCACUUCAUUUCCUGUUCAAUUUUAAUCGCAGCUGUGUCAGAUUGUGUAAAGGACUUAUAGUGUGUGUGAAAAUUCUAAUAAAGUGCCACUUUUCAGGAUAA